GAAGAUAAUUUAAUAUUCAUAGAUUCAUUCAAUACACAUAAAUUUUCUAAAAAUAAACGUAGCUACCUACCAAAAGACUCAAAACAAACAAGGACCAUGUUCAUUUUCUACAUCCAUAACUCCUCAAUCCCCUGAAACACACUCUGUUUUUAACUUAGUUCAACUUCAAGCAUGAACAAAAUCUAUCAGAAACUCUUCUAUGGCGGUUCUAAUCAACAACAGAAGCGGUUUAUGUUCUCCAAGAAAGCUAAAGUUUCAUGCUUAGUGGCGGCUUCUUUUUGUGCUUUUGCUGUCUGGACUGUGAGUCACUUCUGCAUAAUAAAUACGUAUUUGCAGGCAUUUCGAUUCCAUUCUUCCACAAAGAUAGACUUCGCAACCAAGAAGAUUAUCUUCUCGGAUGUAUAAAAGGAAAAUCUUUCAAGAAAACAUGUCCAAAAGAUUACCCUACAAAACAUAACCCAACAAAUCAAAAUAGCAAUAUUUGUCCUUCAUAUUUUAGAUGGAUCCAUGAAGAUCUAAAACCAUGGAAAGAAAAAGGGAUCACAAAGGAUAUGUUGGAAAAGGCAAAAAAGACAGCAAAUUUCAAACUUGUGAUUGUGAAAGGGAAAGUGUAUGUGGAAAAGUAUAGAAAAUCAAUUCAAACAAGAGAUUUUUUUACUUUGUGGGGUAUUUUGCAAAUAUUAAGGUUGUAUCCUGGGAAAUUGCCUGAUUUGGAACUUAUGUUUGAUUGUGAAGAUAAGCCUGUUGUUCCUUUGGAUAAGUUUCAUGGCCCAAAUGCUAAACCACCUCCUUUGUUUAGAUAUUGUUCAGAUCAAUGGAGUUUGGAUAUUGUGUUUCCAGAUUGGUCCUUUUGGGGAUGGGCAGAGACAAAUAUAAAGCCAUGGGAAAAUACCCUAAAAGAUAUAAAAGAAGGGAACAAAAAGACCAAUUGGAAGGAUAGAGUACCUUAUGCUUAUUGGAAGGGUAACCCUUAUGUUUCUCCAACUAGGCAAAAUCUUCUACAAUGCAAUGUUACAUUAGAAAAUGAUUGGAAUACUCUCCUAUACAUACAGGACUGGGUACAAGAAUCCAAUCAAGGUUACAAGAAAUCUAGCUUAGGAGAUCAAUGCACUCAUAGGUACAAGAUAUACAUAGAAGGAUGGGCUUGGUCAGUUAGUGAGAAAUACAUUUUAGCAUGUGAUUCCAUGACAUUAUUUGUAAGAUCAAAUUACCAUGAUUUUUUCAUAAGGGGCAUGGUGCCAUUACAACACUAUUGGCCUAUUAGAGACAGUAGUAAAUGUACCUCUCUUAAGUUUGCUGUGGAAUGGGGCAACAAUCACACUCAUAAGGCACAAGAAAUUGGAGAGGCUGGUAGCAAAUUUAUACAAGAGGAUUUAGACAUGAACAAUGUAUACAAUUACAUGUUUCAUUUACUAAAUGAAUAUGCAAAGCUUUUGAUGUUCAAACCAACUAUACCGCGAGGCGCCGUGGAAUUUUGUCCUGAAAAAUUAUUGUCAUGUACUAACGGUAACAAAAGGAUGUUCAUGGAAGAAUCAAUGGUGAAGGUUCCUAGUGAUUCAAAUCCAUGCACUAUUCCUCCUCCAUAUGAUCCUUUAAGUUUACAAGAAUUUUUAGAGAGAAAAGCAAAUUCAACAAAGCAAGUAGAAAUUUGGGAAGAUGAAUAUUGGCAGAUAAAAGAAGGGGCAAUAGUAUAGGCAUAGUUUUGUUUAUUUUUGGACAGUAUUGCAUAGUUUUUAUUUAUUUUUGGACAAUAUUAGCAUAGCUUUUACUAUUUUUUAGUAGAAAUUUACAUUCAUAUUCUUCUAUGAACUCUGAUUAAUGUAUAUGCAAUUGCUACAAGAUUAAAGGGAUGAUGAUAUGGGGACAGUUACCUGAGCUGAACCGUUACAACAGUUUGAUAUAAAAUCAAAUCUUUUAAAGA